AUGGAGCAAAAUGAUUCUUUGAAGGCAUCUAAUUCCAUUUCAGAAGAUAAUGAGCUGAAAAAGAGUUCAGGAGAUGUUGGAUGGGAAACUGCAGUUGUUGAAGAUGUUAGUAAACCUAAUAAUGUGAGAUGCACAUUGUGUGACAAAGUUACAAAGACCGCGAUUAAUAGGCAUAAAGUACACAUAGCAGGCAUCAAGGGAAUGGGUGUGAAACCGUGUCCUAAAGCAAGUCAAGAGCAAAAAGCCAAGUGUCGUGAAGCACUUGAAGAGAUUAAGUCUAAGAAGUUAGAGAAUGCAUUGAAUAAAGCUAAGUUGAGGGAAGAUGUAGUUAUAUCUAUGUCUACACAUGAAGAAGAAGAGGGAGAGGUGGAGAGAACAAAAGAAACUCUUAAGAAGCAAGAAGAAGAAUGGAAAAAUAACGGGUGUUCUAUUAUGAUCGAUGCUUGGAGUGAUAGCAAAAGAAGAAGUAUCAUGAAUUUGUGUGUGAAUUGUAAAUUGGGAACCACAUUUCUUUCUUCAAAGGAAACUAAUGAUGAUGCUCACACCGAUGAAUACAUCUUUGAAUAUGUCAAUGAAUGUAUUAAAGAGGUUGGAGAGGAAAAUGUGGUUCAAAUUGUAACCGAAAAUGUUUCCAAUAACACGGCCGUCGUGAAUUUGUUAUCAAUGCAAAGGCCUAAUAUCUUUUGGACAUCUUGUGCUACUCAUAACUUGAACCUUAUGCUCGAGGGAAUCUCUAAACUUCCUAGCUUCAAAGGAGUGAUUAGGAAGGCAAAAUCAUUUACUAUUUUCAUCUAUGCACAUCAUAAGACUUUGGCACUAAUGAGGAAGUUUACAAAAAGGGAGAUAGUUCGGCCGGGAGUCACUAGAUUUGCUACAUCUUUCUUAACAUUACAAAGUUUGCUCGAUAAAAAAUAA